UUUGGCUUGCAAAAUACUAACCUAAAUAUUGUCAUGUGAAAUUGACCUUAGUAAUAGAUUUCCUGCUGUGACUGGUAUAUUUGAAAUCUUACAACAAACGCCUCUCAGUGAUAAGCCCGGCCUCGCCCUAUGGGGUAAGUAUAAAUGACUCCAUCUGGUCUCUUACAUACUUUUACUUUCAUUUCUUCUUCUACUGUCAGCGAUGGCGUCUGCUGGUCUAAGAGAGGAGCUGGAAUGUUCUAUCUGUCUGAACCUUUAUACAGAUCCUGUAACCCUGAGAUGUGGACACAACUUCUGCCGGGUCUGUAUUGAUCAGGUCCUGAAUACACAGGACGGGUCUGGAGUUUAUUCCUGUCCUGAAUGUAGAGGAGAGUUUCAGGAUCGGCCGGCACUGCAGAAGAACAUCACUCUGUGUAAUGUGGUGGAGAAUUUCCGGUCUACUCAUCAGGACGAGGCCGUAAUCUUCUGCACUUACUGUGUGGACUCUCCUGUACCUGCUGUGAGGUCCUGUCUGAUGUGUGAGGCUUCUCUGUGUGAUAAACACCUGAAAGUUCACAGCAAGGGACCAGAACACGUCCUGACCGAGCCCAGAACUUCCCUGGAGAACAGGAAAUGUCCCAUCCAUAAGAAGAUCCUGGAAUAUUACUGUACUGAGGACAAUGCUUGUAUCUGUGUGUCCUGCAGUUUGGCCGGAGAACAUGGGGGACACCCGGUGAAGAUGUUGGAUGAGGCAUCUGAGGAGAAGAAGAAGAAGCUGAGAAAUGUUCUGCAGAAACUGAUCACAAAGAGAGAGAAGACUGAGGAAAGAGUCCAGAGUCUGGAGGAGCGAAGGAGAAAAGGUCAAGAAAAAUCAUCUGGAGAAGCGGAGAGAGUCACUGCCCUGUUUAUAGACAUCAGGAGACGGCUGGACGACCUGGAGAAGAGGAUCCUGAGUGAGAUCUCCAGGCAGGAGGAGAAGAUGUCACUGUCACUGUCUGAUGUCAUUCAGAAGCUGGAGAUAAAGAAGAAUGAGCUGUCCAGGAAGAUGAUGGACAUUGAGGAGCUGUGUAACAUGACGGAUCCACUGACUGUCUUACUGGAUCCAGACACAGGUGACUUGUGUGAUCCUGAGGAGGAGGGAAGUGAUGAGGACACAGAUGACUUGUGUGAUCUUGAGGAGGAGGUUUGCAAUAAGGAUACAUGGAGGCCUGGUAAAUGUGAUCAGAGUCUUAAGCUGAAAUCACACAUAUCACGUAAAUUAUCUGAUAUAAUAAGAGAUGUGACCUUCUAUGUGCAGGAUCCUACAGACAUAUUACUGGAUGUAAACUCCGCUGGUAAUAAGAUCCUUAUAUCAGACAUGAAAACUGCGACCUGGACAGAUACAGAGCAGAAUCGUCCAGAAACAGCAGUGAGAUUCCUGGAUUAUUCUCAGGUGAUGAGUGGUAGGAGAUUCUCCUCAGGGCAACAUUACUGGGAUGUGGAGAUCAGUGGGACAGGAAUAUGGAGGGUGGGGAUGUGUUAUCCCAGUAUAGACAGGAGCGGGUAUCAGUCACUAAUUGGAGAUAAUAACAAGUCCUGGGUCCUAUGUGGAGGGCAGAGGUGUAAUAUGGAGUAUUCUGUAAUACAUAGCGAUGAAGUGAUUUUGUUACCUCACCAGAUCUCCAGUGAUAGAUUCAGGAUCUGUCUGGAUUAUGAGGCCGGGCAGCUGUCCUUUUAUGAGCUGUGUGACCCCAUCAGACACUUACACACCUUCACCACCACCUUCACCGAGCCCCUUCAUGCAGCAUUAUAUGUUUAUAAAGGUUCUAUAAAGAUAUCAGGGGGAGGAGCAGCUGUGAGGAACCAUCAUCAUAGAGGAAAUCUGCCCAGAGACUGGUGACAUCACAGGGAGCAGAAUCUGAGUGGUGGAGCAUUCAGCCAGUAGGAGGCAGAAGAGC